AAAAGAAAAAAAGAAAAAAAGAAACCGUUAGAAAGAAAAAAACAAAAUGGAACAGAGAUCCACCUCUGGUGGGACCCGCCCGACCCGGACACAAUCGGAGCCGCUCUACUCCUCCGUCUUAAUCCACGGCGGCGCCGACUUCAACUCCGUCUCCGACCACGAGCAAAACGCACCGUACAAGCGUCGCAAACCACAAUCACGACAACAACUACAACAACAUGACCUUUACGCUACAAUGGUGUAUAACGACGACGACGAUGAGAACGAGAACGAAGACGAAGACGACGAUUCGUCUCUACCUCCGCUGCUUAAACAACUCCCUAAGGACUUCGGCGGCGGAACUUCGAUCGACUACGACAAUGAGUACUACUACGACGAUGAAGCGAACAAGGCCGAAGAUUUCGGUACAAUGAUCGUGAAGACUAACAACCGGACCUCUAAGGUGUCGUAUAACUACUCGUACAAGCGUCGGAGUUCGUCGAAAGGUCGCGGCGAUGAGGAUGAGGAUGAGGAUGAGGAAGGUGGAGAGGGAUUCUCGACCUUCGUGGUGAAUAAGAGCGAGAGAAGGAAAGGCGGCGAAGGUUUGGGGGGUUCGUCGAUGGGACUCGCGGUGGCGAGCAUGCAAGCGGUUGGGGAAUUCGGGCAUGGGAAGCAGAGGAAGGGGAGCGGCGCGUCGCCGGCGCAGGGCGGAGAGGAGGGGAGGAGCCUAUUGAGGAAGUCGUCGAGUUCGAUUGCGGAGAGUUUUGUUAACAGGGAAGAUGUUUCUACUAAGUAUGAAUUGCUCAAUGAGCUUGGGAAGGGGUCAUAUGGGGCUGUUUACAAAGCUAGGGAUUUAAGAACUUCAGAGCUGGUUGCCAUCAAAGUGAUAUCGUUAAGUGAAGGGGAGGAGGGAUACGAAGAAAUCUGUGGUGAGAUUGAGAUGUUGCAGCAGUGUAGUCAUCCCAAUGUUGUGCGCUACUUGGGGAGUUACCAAGGAGAAGAUUGUCUUUGGAUAGUUAUGGAAUAUUGUGGCGGUGGAAGUGUUGCUGACUUGAUGAAUGUUACUGAAGAGCCCUUGGAGGAGUUUCAAAUAGCAUUUAUCUGUAGGGAAACAUUGAAGGGUCUUGCUUAUUUGCACUCAAUUUUCAAGGUCCAUAGAGAUAUUAAGGGUGGAAAUAUUUUGUUAACGGAACAAGGCGAUGUCAAAUUGGGUGAUUUUGGGGUUGCAGCUCAGCUUACAAGGACCAUGUCAAAACGCAACACGUUCAUUGGCACUCCACAUUGGAUGGCUCCAGAAGUUAUUCAGGAAAGUCGCUAUGAUGGAAAGGUGGAUGUAUGGGCUCUUGGUGUGUCUGCAAUUGAAAUGGCAGAGGGACUUCCUCCUAGAUCAGCAGUUCAUCCAAUGAGGGUUUUAUUCAUGAUAUCCAGUGAGCCAGCUCCGAUGCUUGAGGAUAAAGAAAAAUGGUCUCUUUUGUUCCAUGAUUUUGUUGCAAAGUGCCUAACAAAAGAACCUCGUCAACGCCCUACUGCAUCUGAGAUGUUGAAACACAAAUUCAUCGAGAAAUGCAAAUUUGGACCCUCUGCAAUGUUGCCAAAGAUUGAAAGGGCGAAGGAAUUUCGGGCCUCCAUGGCUUUUCAAGCACAAAAUCUUGCUCCAACUUUGCCUGGAGACAGUCCACUGGAAGCUCCAAAUCGGAAUGAUGAUUAUGGAGAUACUGUUCCAUCAAGGCCUUAUAAUAUUGGGCUUCAAGUUGCAAAUGAAGUGCUUGCACCUAGCACUUUGAGGAAACAGCACAUAUCAGAUGGUACAGAACUUGGUGGAGAAGGUAAUUUUGGCACCGUAAUAGUUCAUGGGGGAGAUGAGAUAGAUAAAAUGUCCACUCAGAUGCUAUUGUCCAGUGCUACAGAAUCCUCACCUGCUCUUGAACAUGUUGAAAACCUUUCUGCUAGUGGCACGGGAAACGAAUCAGCUGCACCCCAGGUGGAGAAUAUAAGAGGUGUUGAUGUUAACAAUACAUUGGUUGGAGAAUCAAAUUCUGUUACACAGACCAUACGGGCAUCUUCUGACUUUGUAUCUAGCUCUACUGAACAGAUCCUCAAGACAAAAGGUAUUAGCCAUGAGAAACUUGGGGGUGGCAGUAGUAUAAGAAGUAGCACAUUGAAGAAUGAUACUGUUCACCGGAAAGCUUUUGCAUUGCAGGAUAAGCUUUGGUCCAUAUAUGCAGCUGGUAAUACAGUACCAAUUCCAUUCUUGAGGGCCACUGAUAUAUCCCCCAUUGCUCUCUUGUCAGACAAUGUUCUUGGAGGUAUGCAGCGGGACAAAAGCGAAAUUGUAGCUGUUGAGGCAUUGAAGGAACUCUUUACUGGUGAUGGACAGUCUAAAAAGGGCCGAAGAGGACAAAAUGAGAUGCCCCUUCCUCCAAGCGUGUACCAGAGACUCACUUCAAGUUCUACCCUAUUGAAUUUGGCACAGGCUUUAGCAUACCACAAAAUGUGUUAUGAAGAUAUGCCACUCCAGGAGUUGCAAGCAGCACAGGAGCAACAGACCAUUCAAAGUCUGUGUGAUACACUAAGAACUAUUCUGCGGUUGUAGGUUGGCAUUUUUAUUUAUUUAUAUAGAUACAAUAUAUUUCAAACUUAUGAUUUCCGCUCAAUGAUGAUUGCUCAUUAUUAUAAGACCAAGACACGAAUUGAUUUUUGGUAUAAGCAUUUAAUUCUGUCUUAUGUAAUUUUUGAUUUGUUUCUUCAUCUAUCCAGUUUUGUUUAAGUUCUGGAAAGGCAAAGGCAAAGGGUGUAGUUGUAGCCUGACAAUUAUUGCCGCAAUUUUUUUAUUUUUUAUUUUUUAAAUUUUAAAGUAGGGCUUUAGCUUUAUCCAA